CCACUUGGCGUCGAUAUACCACCCCGUUACCAACCGUGAUGAGUCUGAUAAUGCUUCUCUGCUUCCGCUUACAACACCCAUUUUCUCUCUCCUCCGAUCACAAAAUCAACAAUGAAAAUCGUCCACAUUCCCUGCUUGGACGACAACUAUUCUUACCUGAUAAUCGAUGAGCAGACGAAGGAAGCAGCUGUUGUUGAUCCAGUUGAGCCGGAGAAGGUUCUAGAAGUUGCUAAGCAAAAUGACGCCGAUGUCAAGUUUGUUCUCACUACUCACCAUCACUGGGAUCAUGCUGGUGGAAAUGAUAAGAUAAGAGAGCUGGUUCCUGGAAUUAAGGUUUUUGGUGGUUCCAUUGAUAAUGUGAAAGGAUGCACUGAUAAAAUGGACAAUGGUGAUAAGGUCUCAUUGGGAGCUGAAAUCAACAUACUGUCUCUUCAUACGCCUUGCCACACCAAAGGUCAUAUAAGCUACUAUGUGACUGGAAAAGAAGAUGAGAGCCCUGCUGUUUUCACUGGCGAUACUAUGUUCGUUGCUGGUUGUGGCAAAUUUUUCGAGGGUACAUCAGAGCAGAUGUAUCAGUCACUCUGUGUGACAUUGGGUUCUUUGCCAAAGCCGACUAGAGUUUAUUGCGGUCAUGAGUACACGGUGAAGAACCUUCAAUUUGCUUUGACUGUUGAACCCGAGAAUGCAAAGAUAGUGGAGAAAUUGGCAUGGGCCAAGAACCAGCGGAAUGCUGGCUUGCCUACUAUUCCAUCGACCAUUGCAGAAGAACUAGAAACUAACCCGUUUGUGCGUGUUGACAUGCCCGAGAUUCAGAAAAAGGUCGGGUUCAACACCCCUGUAGAAGCCCUUCAGGAAAUAAGGAAACUUAAAGAUAACUGGAGAGGCUGACGGAGAACUCCGACUUAUGUUUGUAAAUUUAAGGAUGUCGUUUAGUCAGAUUCCGCAUUUUAAUAUCCAUGACAUCCAACUUUGCACAAAUUUCUGGAAAUUUUAACAUCCUUACAAACAGCUUAAGAAACUCAGACAGCAAUUACUUUUGUCAAGUGACGCAAGUAUUUGCGUGUCCUAAAUCUUUUCCCCCAAUUUUCAGACACUUUAUUAAACAUAUGCAAUUAAUUUUAGGCAAUUAUAAAGUUAA